AUGUCGUUCACGGCCAACACCAAUCCCGCCGCGCGCCGAGUCAACCACGACGUUCUCCGCCAUAUUCCAGGCCUCACUUGGACUCCCCGAGCCGAUUUCCUGCUGGGCGACGACCUCGCCUGUUGCAUACUUCUGAGCCGCCGCCUUGCUAACAAGAACCGCAAAUUCGAGCGCAACGUCUACCUUGAAAAGCUCCGAACCCGCCUGGCUUCCAUGAUCACCGACGCCCUGAACCACAUCAAGCUGGUCCAAGACGGCAUUGAGGAAUUGCGCAGCAACUUGCCGCACCGCGUGUUCCUGACUCUCCGUGUCAAGCGCAGCUGGGAGGUCUACAACCCCAUGGGAGAGCGCGAAGAGGAGCUCAUCAAUCGCUUCGCAGAUGCUCGCGCCGACUACCUCGCCAUGCAUCUUCAGAGCUCUGUAGAGGGCCACGAGACCUACCAGACGCUCCUUGAUGCCUUGGAUCACCCUGCCGAUAAGGCUAGUCAACCGGUCUCUACAACGACAGCAGACAUGGACAGGCCCACUGUACUUGACUCAGAGGUCGCCGUUUGCGCCCCUCUGCCGAGCCCGUCCGAGCCUGACCCGGACCCCAUCGUCGACCGCCUACCCUACGCCAGCGCCACGACUCCCGGCAACGCCCCAGCCGCACCCGAUGACGAGGCGCCCGUCUCGCGUGCUGCACUUCGCUGGCUGUGGUCUCGCAUCCUCCCAGGCUUCAAUCAACGGGAGACUAUCUUUGAGAAGCGUAUUUGGAAUGAGGAUGACCUGGAUGAGUUCAUGCAAGAGUGCCCUCAUCCCGUCUGA